AUGGAGUUAAAAAAAAAGAAUACUAUAAAUGAUAUUGAUUUCUGUAAAUAUAAAAACAAAAAUGUAUUAAAAACAAUAAAUGACGUAAAUGAAUUAAUAAAAAAAUAUCCUCGUACUAAUAGAGAGUUAAAUACAUAUAUUAUUAAAAAGGACAAAGUAAAUGAUGUAUCCCUUUUAAAAAGUUUUGUGUUUUAUAUAUUUACACAGAUAACAAGUAUAUUGGCAGUAUGCUUAGUAAUAUUUUGCAUUGGAUUCUUAAUAGGAAAUCAUAUUUCUUCUAAAUCAUCUUUAAUUAAUUCUAUAAAUUAUAAUUUUUAUUUAUCUGAUGAAAAAAGUGCAGAAUUAUAUAUGAAUAGUGAGAGUAAUAUUUUAAGACUAGACAUAAUGAUUAAUUUUAAUUUUGAUUAUUAUAAUUUAUUUAUGGGUACUCUAAUUAGUAAUGUUUUGCUGUAUUACUAUCCGUCUAAUGAUAUAGGAUUGACUGCAGAUGAAUUUUGUUAUAAUUUUAAAAAAAGAAAAAAAGAAAAACCAAAAAUUUCUCCUCAGAAAACCUCACUUACGAAAUCAACUGAAAAUAUCGAAAUUUUUAAAAAAUUUAUAGAAGAAGAAUCAUUAAUUUUUUUAAAUUAUUCCAUUAAGAUGGAUAACAAUGUAAAAAUAACUUAUAUAAAUGAUUUAUUAUUUGAAAAUUUAUUUGCUUAUCCAAUUGGUGGAUCAGAUAUUACUAUUUCACCUGGCAUUAUGCAAGGUGUUAACUCAAUUAAUGCUUUAAUUAGUAUUAAUCACACCAUUAAUGAUAAAAGUGUUUUAGAUAAAUUAUUGAAUGAUUGCAAAAAAGGAAGAAUAUAUAUACAAUUACAUAUUGGAAAUAACCAAAUUAAAACUAUUAUAUUUCGUUUUAAACCUCAAACAGGAACUUUUUUACCAUUUAGUAUUCCAUGUAAAAUUCAAAGAAACGUAAUAACAAAAAACAAUGAAUUUCGUUUAAAUGUUAUUAAAAAUUAUAAAAUUCAAAAGUCAUCUAUUAAGAAUAUCAAUUUUUUUAUUAAUUAA